AUGUUGCCAAUUGAAUAUAUUGGUCGUUCAAGUUCAUCAGAAACAAAUUUUGAUUUUGAUGUUUUUAAUGAACAAUGGUUAAAGUCGAAUGAAACAAAUCAAUUACAUUGGAUUUGUCGACCAAAUUUGAAUGUAAUUCGUCAUCGAUAUGCAACAGAUUUGGCCGAUCUUGAACGAAUUAAAAUUCGCUGUGACAUCAAUGAUCUUCGUGAAGAAACAAUUCGAGUGAGUCAAUCGAUAUAUUAA